AUGCCGCCCUUCAAAUUUCCCGCAGUCUCUCGCCGCGGCGGGCGUGAAUCAGAUGGGGAGGACGUCUCGAACGAGUCGAACGAGGUGGACUCGAAGGCUACCCCAACUGACAAAUGUGCAUCGGCGAGAGAGAACAGCCUGAUGUCUCUCGGCCUCCUCGAACUGCUCGAUAUCGACGAUCGGCCUGUGCUCGUUCUCGACCUCGCGAGCCCGACAAAACGCGUCCCGAUAUAUCACAAUGCCAGUCUUCAAAGGAUCCCCCUCCUAGAAUUGAAGGUUGGGGAUGGGGUGCUGUGCGCAGAAGCUUCUGCGAGAGACCCUGACUACGCCGCCUUCUUGGACUGGGCAACCGCUCCUCAUCAAAAAGAGCUUCCCCACAUCAUAUAUUGCGGACUCUGGUGGACUGCGAAAACUAUAAGGAACCGGUGGAGGAUCGUUACGGGGGCAGAAGCAGGCGGACACGACUAUACGGGUGCAAAGAGACGUCUUUCCGAAGCACAUCGGGUUGCCCGCGCUCAAUCAGCCUCUUCUCCUCGGCCUUCGCAUUCUCCAAGUCAAUCUCGCUCGAAGUUGACGUCCGACGAGUCUCUCGAAGCUCAGAUUUCAGCCUUCCGAAUGCGCGAAGUGGCACCUACACAAUCUUUCCCUACUCACGACAAUGUGGAGAAGCCGAAAGUCGCAAUCCCCGAACACAGGCUGGAUUUCAUAAAAGCAUACCCGGCUGUCAUUCCAUCGCCACAUCUCCAAUUUUUCAUGGAAUUCGAUUGGGGUUCUACUGGCGUUGGUCCGAUUAGCUCCUGGUCGACUAAUCUCCGGCAAAUGGUCAAUAUACUUAUGACUGACCCCCGUCCAGCGGCGAUGUACUGCGGUCGAGAUAAAACGAUGAUGUAUAAUGAGGCUUAUGUCCGAGUUACCGGCCAAAAGCAUCCCGGAAUGAUGGGAAGACGGUUCACAGAAGCUUGGGCUGAGGUCGCAAGUGACUUCACAGAGGCUUUCGAGAAAGCUUACAUCAAUGGCCAGUCUUACAAUCCGGUCUUUGACACGACGAGGCAGUUCAUCGCAGACCGGCGAAUGGCGUGUCUCUUGCGCUUUGGACAAUACGUGAAUGCAUCGAGAGACCAGAAGGAGUUCUGGCAGCAAGUCACCAUUGCAUUUCGAGCGGAUCACACGGACCUUCCGUUCGCGCUGAUUUAUUCCGUCGAUGGUGAUUUCAACGAUACGAUAUCCGAGGCAUCUGACCAGAGCCACGAAAGUCGAAAAUGGGUCCUCGAAGGCAAGAUUCGCAUCCCCGAUUCGUGCUCGAACAUUCCGGACCGGUCGACGGAGCAACAGAUGGAAGAUUUCCUCCCUGGCUUUCCCGAAUUGAUUCGAGCCGAAUCCCCGACAUUGCUUCUCGCUGGAAAUGGAACCAUGCCCGAGUUUAUCGCUCGAAACAUCACUCUAGCGGACAAUGAACCAGCGCAGUCAGCUAUCUUCCUUCCCAUUCGGUCGAUUGGCGACAAUGAAUUUGGCUUCAUGAUAAUAGGUUUGAACCCACGCAAACGAUUUGAUAGUGAUUACAAAGUUUUUUUGGAGUUACUAAAUCGACAGUUAGCCACUUCUCUUGCGUCUGCCGUGCUGUUCGAAGAAGAGAUAAGGAGAGCUGCCCGAGACAGGAACCUCCUCACCAAGAAGCUCGCUAUCCAAACUUGCGAAGCGCUGGAAAACGAAACUCGAUUUCGACGUAUGGCUGAUCUAGCCCCAGUAGGAAUGUUUCACAUAGACCCUGCGGGAGUUUUGCUCUAUGCCAAUGAGAACUAUUAUGAGAUUACUGCACAUCCUCGAAAUGUCGUUACACCAAUGAGCUGGCUGUGUGUUCUUGCAGAUGAGGACCUACCUCAGAUGGCUACCGAGUGGUCCAAGUUGCUCCAGGGCGAAUCGGUUAACCUUGAGCUGCGAUUGCGGCGGCAGUUUAACGCCGAGGAGCUUGUCGAUGGUGAACGUGUCGAUGGGAACCGUUGGAUCUUGGCUGCUGCAUACCCAGAGCGUGCCACAGACGGUACCGUAAUUGGUAUCCUGGGCUGCAUCACAGACAUCAGUCGGCAAAAGUGGAUGGAAGGCUUCCGAACUCGGAAAAUGCUCGAAGCUGUGGAGCUCAAAAGACAACAGGAGAAUUUUAUCGACAUGACAUCGCAUGAAAUGCGCAAUCCACUGUCCGCAAUCGUACAGUGUGCGGAUUGGAUCGGGACUUCGCUUUCUAAAUUCGAUUGUGAUGAGGCUGAUGUUGUCAUCCCGCGAGAUGUUAUCGAUGGCUACGCCGACGCAACCGAGACGAUUGUUCUUUGCGCUCAACACCAAAAACGAAUCAUUGACGACGUUUUAACGCUGUCUAAGCUAGACUCGGAUCUUCUCGAUAUCACUCCUGUCGAUGUUCAACCAGUGUCGAUGAUUCAAGCAUCCCUGAAAAUGUUCGACUUUGAAGUUCAAAGUGGUGACAUUGACUUCAAGUUUCAGGUGCUUCCUUGCUACACUGCGUUGGCUGUGGACUGGGUAAAGCUCGACCCCAGCCGUCUGCUUCAGGUGCUGAUCAACCUGGUCACAAAUGCUAUCAAAUUUACGGUGAACGAGGCCAAAAGGCAGAUUGUGAUCAGUUUAGGUGCGAGUCUCACACUACCGGAUUGUAACCAAAUCGAAUACCUGCCUCGGACCAUCAACCGCCGAGACAUGACUGGAGGGAGUGCCUGGGGCGAUGGGGAGCCGGUGUACCUCUAUAUUGAAGUCCAAGACAGCGGCCGCGGUCUUGAUUCGACUGAGCGUAACCUCCUCUUCAAACGCUUUUCCCAGGCAUCCCCCAAAACGCACGUUCAGUAUGGAGGCUCUGGGCUCGGGCUGUUUAUCUGUCGGCAGCUCGCUGAGCUACAAGGUGGUCAAAUUGGAGUCGCCUCCUCGGUGGGCGUCGGAAGCAAGUUCGCAUUUUAUGUCCGGGCAAGACGAUGCAGUCCUCCGCCUGCAAGCCCGUCAACACAGAUCGUCAAUCGGCCGCGGCCCACCGGCCUUGAAGCAGCCCGCAACCCUGGCUCCGAAGCCCCGAAGCAGGAUAGCGCACUACCGACUCCAACUCCCAGACACGUCUUGGUGGUAGAAGACAAUAUUGUCAAUCAGAAAGUCCUCUCCCGCCAACUCCAAUCCGUCGGUUGCCUCGUCUCGGUCGCCAACCACGGAAAAGAAGCGCUCUCGUUCCUUGAGAAGUCCCGCUUCUGGAAAGGUAACGAAUUCAGGGGGAUCGAACUCUCCGUCGUGCUUAUGGAUCUUGAAAUGCCUGUCAUGGAUGGUCUGACGUGCGUAAAGCACAUCAGGCAGUUGCAGAAAGAGGGGUUGAUCGUAGGCCACGUGCCCGUUAUUGCCGUCACGGCGAACGCGCGGAGCGAGCAGAUUAGCACGGCCAAGGAGAGUGGGAUGGAUAGCGUAGUGACCAAACCGUUCCGGAUCCCGGAUCUGUUGCCGGAGAUAGACAAGCAGGUGCUGCUGGGGAACGCGAGGACUAUUGAGCGGUCGGCUAGUGCUCCUGUUUGA